UGGCUGCAGUUGUCAUGGAAAUGCCAGAAGUCCCUCGGCUCCCGAUACGGUUACCAUGGAAAUGCCGCUUGGAGAUGGUAAGAUAGGUCCUCGGGAGAAGCGCGAGUUUGUUCAGCACCUUGGACAGCAGUGGUGCGACCGUCGGUCCGCCUUUCUGCCAGAGUCGAUACUGUAUGCUCAUUGUGAUCGGGGAACAUUCAACGGAUCUUCAGCUUGAUUUAGUGAAAGAACACAUUAAACGGGGGAUCCUUUCAUGGGAAAUUGAUCUGACCAUCUGGGACUUGAACAGGGAACUACAGCUCUUCGAAACAAAACAUGCCCAAUUCUCUUCAGAUGUGAAAGGUCAGAGAGGAUCACAAUACAAUAGUGAUGUGCUUGAUACUGUUGUAUUAGUAAAUCCAUCCGAGGAGAAUAUUGCUAUAGAGAUCAGAACACUGCUCUGUGACUCAGCAGGACAUAAGUUGUUGGUCUUAAGUGGGCAGAGUACUGGACGAAUUCCAGAGGGUGGUGAUAUUAUCCUGAAAAGUGGAGUGUUUGGUUGGAAAAACUGCUCUGACAUUAUCUCAAGUCAUUGGAUUAAAGAUCUCUUAAACCAGCCACCUGCAGGUCAGCAGACUGCAAGUUUGACUGUGUCCUGUAAAGGAGAGGGGGGCUGGAGCUCCCUAGGGUACAUACAGGAGCAGAAGUUAUUGGUGUCCAGACUGAACCCUGAGCCUGUGCUGCCUACGAUGGAAGGUGUGACAGAGUUAACAGAAUAUGUCUCUGAGACAGUGGAUGUGACCUCUCCUUUUGAGCUCCUGGAAGCACCAACCUCAGGAGGGUUCCUCAAGUUGUCCAAGCCAUGCUGCUAUAUCUUUCCUGGUGGACGGGGAGACUCUGCUUUGUUCGCAGUCAAUGGCUUUAAUAUUUUAAUAGAUGGUGGGUCAGACCGAAAGUCUUGCUUCUGGAAGCUGGUCAGACAUUUGGAUAGGAUAGAUUCUGUUCUCCUUACCCAUAUAGGAGCAGAUAAUAUGCCUGGCAUAAAUGGACUGUUACAGAGAAAAAUUGCAGAGCAGGAAGAAGAGAAGACACAUAAUUCAAAUGCCUAUGGAGACUGGAUGAAAAACCUAAUCUCACCAGAGCUUGGUGUUGUGUUCUUUAAUGUUCCUGAGAAGCUAAAACUGCCUGAAACAGCACUUAAAGCGAAGAGGAGCAUUGAGGAGGCCUCUCUCACACUGCAAUACCUUCAGAAACUGGGCAUCAAACCUGAGCCUUUGUACAGAGUUGUGAGCAACACGAUUGAGCCUUUAACACUCUUUCACAAGUUGGGUGUUGGCAAAUUAGACAUGUAUAUUCUAAACCCCCUCAAAGACAGUAAGGAAAUGCAAUUCUUUAUGCAGAAGUGGGCUGGUAACAGUAAAGCAAAGACUGGUAUCGUCCUGGAAAAUGGCAAAGAGGGUGAGAUUUCUGUACCUUACCUCACAUCAGUAACUGCUUUGGUUGUGUGGGUGCCUGCAAGUCCAACUGAGAAGAUUGUGAGGGUACUGUUUCCUGGAAAUGCCCCACAAAACAAAAUAUUUGAGGGCCUGGAAAAGCUGAGGCAUCUCGAUUUCUUGCGAUAUCCAGUAGCCACUCAAAAGGAAAUGUCAUCUGGAGCUCCACCUCCACUGAUAAAACAAACUAAAAUGAAGCUGAGAACUGAUAGCAAAGAAAGUUUGAAGUCGUCACCCAAAAUGUCUUCCACAACAAAAGCAAGCAAGAAAGAGGCAAAUGAAGACAUUGAGUCCAAGAGUGACUCUAUAAAGGAAAACAAAAUUGAAAAGAAAGAGAAGAAAAUAAAAGAGAGUGUCAAAGCACCAAAACCACUGAAACCCAAGACAGCAUCACCUGAUUCAGUUAAACAAGAGAAAAAGAAACUCCAGAGAGAAAAAUCUCCUAAAAAACAUAUCAAGGACAAGGCUUCCAAGAUGGAGGAAAAUAAAGAUCAAGAAAAGAAAGACACAAAGAAAGAAAAGAUAGAUGUAAAGAAAGAGGACUUAGUUAAAAAAGAACCCAAAAUUAAGGAGGAGAAGAAAAAGGAAAAAGAAAAAAUUAAGUCAGAGUUGAGGAAAAUCACUAAACCUGACUUAAAGCCCUUUACCCCUGAGGUCAGGAAGACUCUGAACAAAGCAAAGGUUCAGGUAAAGCCUAAAGCAGAAAAAACAAAAGCUGCAAAAGAGCAAGAAAACAGGCCAGCUGCUAAGAAAGCUUCAGUAGAGAAACAGGAGAGUGACAGGUCUUUAGUCUCCUCCCCAGAGGAUCUUACCAAGGAUUUUGAAGCCUUGCGACUGGAAGAGGGGCUUUCCAGGACUGCAGAGAGUAAAAUACACUCAAGUCUGCAGUCGUCAGUGGACACUAUUGUCCCUCACAUUGUAUCUCCUGAUGAGGGAAUAACUACAAUGGAUGUUGAAAUCGAGUCCUCUCAUGAGGAGAGGGUACCCUAUGGAGAAACAACAAGUAAAUCCCACUUUAAAACUGCUGAUGAACUUGAGAAUGAAGGUGCUGCUACAGAAGAUGACAUAGAGGAUUACUAUUCUGCAAAGCUAAAAAGUGCUAAAACAUCUAACUUCGUUGAGAAGGUAGAUGAUAAAAAAUGCCAAGACAAGGUAAAAGAGGAAGAGAUGGAGUUUCAAAUGAAACCGAAAAAGAGUGACAGUGAAGAGGAUGAGGAUGUGGUUGAGAAAGCAGAGCUAGAAGAAGCUGAGGAUAUAGUACAUGAGGAGGAGCUCAAGUACAAAUCAGAUGAGGCUAAGAAAGAGAAACUCAUAAAGGACCUGGAGACAAAACAAAGUGACAUUAAAUCUGCCAAACCUGGGGUAGCUGCAGAUCACAUUUCUUUCAUUCAACAUGAGACCAUUCCAGUUUACUCUGAGAUGGAGCAGACCAUCUCAGAUGAAGAGAUUAAUGAGGAGACAGAGGAAAGUAUCCCACUGUGUCCAAUAUAUCUCCAAUAUGAUGUUGGCUCUUACGACAUCUCCGUUCCUGAUGAACCAGGGACCUUUGACACCCUCCAUGGCAUGAAACCACCAACCAUAUCUGUCUCCUCUGAGUUCUCAUCUAAGGGAUUUGCAGUAGAUCAGGAGCCAGUGUUGUCAGCUUAUGCAACCAAUAUAAUAGCAGCUCCAUUGGCUGAAGAAGAGCAUAUAUCUUCAGCCACUUCCAUCACUGAAUAUGACAAAUUAUCAUCCUUUGCGACAUCUGUUAAUGAAGAUCAGUCUGUAGCAUCUGUGACCGCACCACCCACUGAAGAAGCAGGAAAAAGCUCUUUACUCUUGGAUACUGUAAAUAGUAUACCAUUGUCCAUACAGACAGAUGCAACUCAAGGAAAGGAGUACCUUCACUCUGCAGGAACUAUUUCUCCAACUUCUUCUUUAGAAGAGGACAAAUGUUUCAAAUCACCUCCAUCAGAGGAAUAUCAAACAACUGUGCCAGAAAUGGAAACUACUAGGAAGGCUACCACUCACACAAAUUAUGAGGAUGAAGAGGAUGAAGAAGAGGAUGAGGAUCAGACACCAAAUGUUGACAUGCCACUUGGAAAGCUCCAUGAGGGUUAUGCAUCUGCUGCCAUGGCCCAAGACAGGGAAAAAUCUUCAGAUAAUGCUUCUUCAUCAAUGAUCCCUCUUUCUUCUCCUGUGAUGUAUGAUUGCACAGAAGAAAAAGAUGAAAAGUUACUUACACUCUCUAAGGAUGAACCUAAAUUAGCGUCCCCCUACAAAAGCUUGUCCUUCUCACCAAAUUUGCCUUGCACCUCAGAGAAAAGUCAUAUCUCAGAGAGUGAGGAAAGAUGUCUCAGCCCAGAUGACAGCACUAUGAGAUUUGCCUCACCCACACAAUCAGGGCCUACCAGUGGUAGCUACUCUCCAACUGAGGAGAGGACACAAAAGCCACUGAUGAUGGACAAAGAGGAAAAACAAGACAAAGACACUUUUGACUCUCAGAUAUAUUUUACCCAAGAUGCUCCUGCUGACAAAAUGUUGGUGAAAAUAAUUGAUAAUGAAGUGGACCCUUUCAAAAAUGGAUUCUCCAGCACUAAGGGACCAAUAUAUGACUCGGAUGAAGAGGAUGACGAGAAAGAUGAUGAUGAUUAUGAAAAGGGAAGCUAUAAAGAGUGUAGUAAAACUAAAUACAAAGAGGAGAGGGAAAGCACAUUUCUUGAUGAGGAAUACACCUAUGAGGCAACACCCUCAAAGGAAGUGAAACUCUUUGGAAAUGAAAAAGAAGGUCUGGAUAAAGAAGAUAAACCACAAAAUGUGACUUACUUGGGCCAAGAGGACGAAUCCCAGAUGCUCAGCUCAGGAGAAGAAGAAGAAAGUGAAACUGAGGAUGGUACUUACUCGAGCGUUAAAGGACCCCAGGACAAGUUAGAUUCCAUGUCAGCAGGCCAGGGCAAAAAAGAUGCAUCAUUCUCAGAGGUAGAUGACCCAAAAGUGAUCUCUAAAGACAGUGAUAAAAGUGUUCACUUCAGCUUGUAUUCCUUCCCUGAGAGUGAGAAAGGCCUCAAAGGGGAAUUUGAGAGGGUUGUUAGGCAAGAUACACCUUAUGUUGGAAAGAGCUUUACCUACUCUGAUGCAUAUGACAGUAAAAUGAGUUCAGUGGAUUCAUACUCUCCCAGUCUGCCAGCUGACCACACAUUUAAUGAUACUGAUAUUGCUCUAAAGAAAACAGAGAAAGUGGACUGCCUGGAUUCUUCCACAGGCAAGAUUUCUGACUUUAAAGAAUCACAUGAAAUGGAAAUGCCAUCAGCUUCUUAUAGUGAAACACAAAAUAUCUAUGGGGCAUCACAGUUUAAGGACAUGUCAGAAGAAUCUGAGAAAAUAAAUAAGGUUGAAAAGGAGACAUCUGAGAAAACCUCCCAUUCUGUUCCAACAGAGAGAGACCCCUGGUCAGUUCAGUUAAAAAAGCCUGAUUUUAGUGGGAUGGCUGAGGUUGGGGCAGCACAAUCGGGCCAUUAUACAGAUGACAGAGUCAUUUCUGAUUUCAGUGUCAAAAGUCCCACUUCUGUAGUGGGCCAAUCUGCAGUUAGCACAAAAGAAUUCUUGGCUGCAGACAUAAGGAUGUUUGCCGAUGGAGAGGAUGAAGAUGAUGAUGAGGAAGAAGAAGAUGAUGAGGAUGAGUUGGAGGAUGGAGAGAAUGCAAGUGAUAGUGACAUUGAGAAAGGUUCUAAAGACAGACCAGAGAAAGAUUUCCAGAGCGUAUUGAGUAGUGCCACCAGCACAGUGCCUACUCAAUUUGAGGAUGAAAAGAAAGAGACCAUUUCAAAUGGCCACAGCUUUGGCUUCCACACUAAUGGCAAACCUCUCGGUUCAUCAACAUUUGAAUCCACUAUAAGCCAUGAGGGCCCCAAGGACUCAAUGCAAACUGUGAAAGGUAAUGCCUCAUCUUUGCCUGCUGAAGGCCACAUUAUGGGCACCUCUGGAUUUGAACGAUCUUCCAGUGAGGAGAAUGAUGAGCAUGUAGGAAAGGAUGAGAAAGAUGUUCAGUCAUAUCUACCACUAUCAACAAGGUCUGUUGAUAACUAUGAUAGCAAAGAUGUUGAGUUUGACAAACAAAAAACACCAGAUAAAGUGAAGAAAAUAACAGGAGACUCUGUUUCAUUGGGUUUCAGUUAUACAACGUCAGCCACAUUAUAUUCCUCUUCCUCUUCUUACAGUCAUUCCUCUUCAGCCUCUGCAUCUCUGUCCACUAGCCGCCAGCUUGGAGAUGAGGUUGUGACUCCAGCCAGCACUGGAUUUGAAUACUCAUCUUUCAAAGAUGAACAUUCACCAGUAAUUGAUUCACCCUUCUCCAGUUCUGGUGGGCAGAUAAAGGACGAAUAUUUAGAAGUGUCAGAGAAGUUUACACCUGCAACCACAACAGCUGAAUCCACAUCAAGCCUUGCGAGAUUCUCACCAUUAUCACCCUUUGAAGAAAUCAAACCUUUCCCUCCUCACACUGGUGCUUGUAUAGGUUAUAAGAAAGAUCCUGUUAGCACUGCAAGCAAUAUUUCAGACCAAGGACCACAGAGUCAAUGCUUUUACAAGCCAGAGUGGGAAGAUGACUCAAGAUUACAAGAUGAAAUUGGUGCAACUGGACCGUAUUCCUCUCUUUCACAGUCCACACCAAAGGACUCCAUGCCUGAAGGUCUAUACGGUGCUUCAUCAACACUUCAGUAUGAGUGCCCUGAAAAACAGUACUAUGAAGACACUGAGAGUAGCGAAGAGGAAGAGGAUCAUAUGUAUGAAACUGAACUGGAUAAACUAGAGUACCAAAAAUCUCCCCUUACAACCCAAGUGGACAAGAAAGAUGCCACCUAUUCUUUGGGCGAGAAACUAACAAUGGACAUACCUUCAGGUAUGGGCAGCAGUAUUCCAAAUGUUACUUCAUACCCUUCCUCUUUCCCUGAGCCCACAAAACCAGACAAAGCCAAUGGGUCUGCAGAAGUCAGUGUGAAUGCACCAAAGACUUUUGGUGGAACCAGCAACAUGAGGGAAAACGUACCAAAUGUAGAGAUAAAAGGCCAACAAUUUGACACCAAAAAAUUUAGGACCCCAAGUGAAUGGGAGAUGCUACAGCAACGAGACAUCUACCCAGAGGCAUCACCACCUCAUUAUCGUCAUGAGGAUGAGUAUGAAGAAGAAGAAGAGACAGAGUCGGAGCACCCAGCCCGUCCUCUUUCCCUCUCAUCCACAGACCAACCAUUACAAUCCUCCUAUCACACUGACGACCUAAGCAGACGAGGUGACAACUCCGACCAUCCUUCAGAUGUUGGUAUUCAUCCACAUUCAUCCACGGCUUCCCCAGGUUAUUCAUCCUGUGAGUACAAGCAGAGGAGGGGAGACACAUCUCCAUCCUUCAUCAACCCAAGCUUGUGUCACCUUUCAAGUGACGAGGAGAGCGAGGAACAGACAAGUCAUGCAUCUGAUCAACAGCAGCCUUCUGGCAAGACGAGAUCCCACAAACAGACUUGCCACCAUUCUCGUAGUCAGCAUGGCGAGGACAGCGAAUUGCAGAACUUCUCUGGAGCCAUGGCUGCUGGUAUUGGUGCCAGUGGAGAGGACACACCUCCAACCUCAGUCAGUGAACAGUUACAUUCCCAAUCAGGUUCUGAUGUUCCACCAAUCACAGCAGAAGGAAACAUUGAAUCUGACGAGGAUGCGGAUUACCUGCCUGUUGAUAAAUCAUCUGGAACUUGUGGGGGAAAACAUUACUCUAGGUCACCUGAAAAAAAUCCUGAUCCCAUCCCCUCACCAAUGAUGGACCCUGCCCCUUAUCCCCCUCACCCUGAUGUGUGUAUGGUAGAUCCUGAAGCUCUGCCAAGUCUAACAGACAAACCGCUUAAGAAAGAUACCAAAACAAAGGGCUUACGUAAAUCAGGCAAGACAAAGUCCUCAUCUCCGGCUAGGAAGCCUGAUGCCAGGCGGAAGAAGUCCCCAUCCAAGGAACCCUCCACUCACACCACAGCUCUUAAGAAGAAGGACAUAGAGGACGAUCUGUCAAGGUCAAGCCACAACACUGGCAAAGGGCUCGUCAAUGGUUUUAAGAACAUUGCAGGUUCAAAUUAUGCUAAAUUCAGCACGUCUGUGCCACCUGGUCCUCCUAUUUAUGUGGAUCUGGCCUACAUUCCCAAUCACUGCAGUACUAAAAAUGUGGACCAGGAAUUCUUCAAACGUGUUCGUUCUGCAUAUUAUGUAGUGAGUGGAAACGACUCCAGCAGUGGAGAGCCGAGCCGUAGUGUACUAGAUGCCUUGCUAGAGGGAAAGGCACAGUGGGGAUCCAAUCUACAGGUGACAUUGAUACCUACUCAUGACACAGAAGUGACCCGUGAUUGGUACCAACAGACCCAUGAGAAACAGCAGGAGCUGAACAUCAUGGUCUUGGCCAGCAGCAGCACAGUAGUAAUGCAAGAUGAGUCGUUCCCAGCCUGCAAAAUAGAGUUCUAAAUACAACAUGGCUCCCAGGUUCACAUCUUUACUCUCAAAUGGUGCUGUAACUUUUGAGCUACUGGUUAUUUGGCUGUGCUGCAGAGAUGUUCUGCCUGACAUGGGGAAACCCAGAUGUGACUACGCUGUACCACAGAGAGAAAGAGAGAAACAAACAAACAAACAUGUACCAGACUGCAGACUGCCAGAUCAAGUGACUAGACCACUGAUCACAUUUUAUAUUCAAGAUUUGUAAGUGUCCGUGUGAUUCUCUUUUUUUUUUUUAAGACUAAAUGUUUAAAAACAAAAUGAGAAAUGGUCAUGAUGUGCUGUGCAAAACAUCCCUUAGUUGCAUUCCAUUGAGCCUAGCUAUUUAAUGCAUGUGAUCUUAAGUUUGAACGUACAUGUAAUAGUUCAGAGUUAUAUUAAAUAAAGUGCGAUUUUAAAAUAUAUACUGUAUAUUUAAAUGCUAAUAGUCUCAAUUUUACUGAAAGGCACAUAUAAUCAUGCAGUGCUAUCAUUUCCAGGUUGCAGUGUUUAAAAAAAAAUAAAAAUAAAAAGGUGUGUACUUUGAUUUCUUUUUUUUCGCUCUCAUUUUUCAAAAUGUUUUUUUCUCUCUCUUUUCAUGUGCAAUACUCUGUAUCUUUAAGCUCACUAAAUGAGUGUCUACAAAUAUGUUGUAGAAAGUUAAACCUGAUAAUCACUAAUAAAAUAUGUUAAUGGAAACUAUAAACAA